GUCACACUAAUCACUAGUUUAGCCAAUUUGGCGCAUUUAAUAUGAAUUAAGUUAGUAUGAACUAAAAACUGUAGCCAACUUCAAUAUGGAGAGUGUUUGUUGAGUGAAUUAAAAGUGUGCAAUGAAUUACGGAGCGUGGAGACAUGGACCUGCAACAGUUUCUUUCCUUGGAGCGCAAGCAAUUGCAGAAGGAUCGUGAGCGUCUCUCCGCGGCGGCGGCCCAGAAAUGCCCCGCCGCCCUGCUAAUGCAAAACACCGACUACGUGCCAAUGCAAUGUCAGCGCAGGGCCAAGGAGUCCAAUGAACUCCUGUCGGAAUCGUCUUCCCUAGCAACGGGCAACCAAAACUUAAGCGAACAACUUCACUUGGACUUGAGGCGCCUGGGUGGGUCAGACUCGCCGACCGAGGGGAAUGCCAGCCCAUCCAAAUCGACUAAGGAAUUUGCGAAUCAGCGUCAGCUGCUCGUCGGAAGCGCCCGUCAAUACAAAUCGCCAGAUGUGUCGUCGCGACGCAAUUUGGAAAGCGGGCGACCGCUAAGUGAGAAUCGCUUGCCAAUCCGGCGCACGGAUGAUAUGGAGCAAUGGGUUACGGACACAUUUUAUUCGUAUUUCCCCGGCUUUAACAAUGAAAAUCAGAAACGGCAAACUUAUUUGCGUGAGCGACAGCGCGAGAACCAGCAGAACUUUCUCAAGCACCAGAUGCUUCAUCCGCCGGUCACAAAGCAUCAGCGACCGGGACAAGUGAGGAAGCCAUCGCAACCGCCUCCUGCUCCAGCUCCAGCUCCAGCUUCAGGUCCAGCUCCUGCUUUGGCUUCCACCCAAGCGCGUUCCAGCGAAUCCAGCACAAGCACCUCGAAUCACAGCACCACGGACAAGACUGACUUAGAGUUAAUUGUAAAUAGUAACCCGAAUUAUGUGCCGCCCAAAGUCCGUUCGACCACCACACGUAACAAGCUGCUGCAGGAUCUGGGCCACGUGGAGCUGUCGAAUAUUGUAACGGGCGACGGGAUUAUGGAGCGUAAUCUGCGUAGCGCCGAGCUGGAGACGGCCCGCAAAAAGGAUUAUCAACGCGAUCUUAUGCUACAGAUUGAGGAGAAGCGCCGCUCCAUCGAGCUGCUCAGGGAGAAGGAGCGUCGACAGGAGGAGGCAUUGACCAGGCGUCUGGAGACACAACUGAAAACCAUACAGCUAGAGGAGCAAUUGGAAAAGGAGCGUCUGCGUAUUGAAAAGGCUCGCAUCGACUCGGAACACAACCGCUUGAUGCGAGACCAGUUGCUGGCCAAGCUGGAGCAGGACGCACAGCUGCUGCUGGUCAAGGAGAGCAACAACCUGGCCGAAACGCCAAGAUCGCAUCGGAGUAAAAACAUUCACAACAGCACCAGUAAUAUUAGCACCGAAGCAACCGCCAACAAGGUGUAUAAAUACUUUAGUAACUCUGCACACCACGAAUACAGACGUGGCCAGCCGCUGCCGCCGGCCGUUGAGCUGGACUUUGAGCUGCCGCAAAUGGCCAAGAUCGAAAGAGAGUGCUUCCAUCUGUGCGAGAAGAUAUGCCCGCUAUGCGAUGAGCCCCUGAAGAGCUACGAGAGCUGCUGUUUGCGUUGCCAGCGAAAGCUGGCAGUCAAACUGAAGCAGACGGAAAACGGCAACGAGAAGCAGACGCAGGAGCAAAACGGGAAUGGAAUGGACGAGCAGGAUCCAGAGGACGACCCCCUGCACAACUGUGAGAGCAGCUAUGCGCUGGUCUGCCACAAGUGCGAGCGCCUGUACGCCAUGUGCAGCCAGUGCCUGGCCAAGAGCGAUGUGUGUCGAGCGUGCCAGCGAGAGCGGAAUGUCUGCAUGAACUGUCGCCGCAAUUUGUGUUCGUUUUGCCUCGAGGAGGUCGCCUGUGGCCGGAACACCGAACGCACGCAUGUCAAUGAGACGGAGGCUGACAGAGAGCCACAUUCGGACAAUGCCUUUCGAGUGCUGGAAUUGAAUUUUGCAGUGCCAGCAGCCAAGGAGUCAACGGCCAGCAACCUUAUGCCAUCCGACGGGUCGCCUCCCUACUCCGUCAACAUUGCACGCAACUCUGUGUUCCAUUCCGACUACAAGCCGACGCCUGUCAAGCCAUCCUUUGUGGAGGAGCUGCCCACAUUUUCGGGGAGUGCCAACGCAAGCCUUGAGCUGGACAGCGCUGACGAGGAGGCCAUGGAGCGUGUGCGAAGGCAAACGGAUCAGCGCUUAUCGCGCUAUCUCCAGAACUACGGAGAUCUGGCUUCCAAGCAGCAAAAGAAGCUCAUGAAGCAGGACCAGCUGCAGCUGCACCGCAGCAAGAGUGAGUCCCGUCAUCGUGGAACUCAAACGACGCCGCAAUCUUUGGCCAGACGGGAUGUGGUCCUGAGGGAGGCUCCGGGUCAUAAUCUCUCGAUGCCGCUGCUGCGUGAAAUGCCCAAAAUGACGCGCAAGGAGACGGGCGCCACACAGCCCAUGAAUCCCGGCCAGCGGAGCAUCGACAGUCUCAAAAAGCGUUGGGAGGUGCCUGCCGUGCAAAAGUUCACCGUUUCCACCUCAUCGCCCAAAAUCCUUACUCAGGUGGGAGCCAUCCGCAAACAGUUACAGGCUGCCCGAUUCUUUGAGGAUGCUGCCGAACCCGAUGAUUAUUGAGGGAUUACCAACACAUAGAGAUGCAAAUGAUGUCUUCGUUUAGAUUUCCACACGUUAUUUAUCAGAGUAAAACGAAUUUAAUUUUCUUUGAACUCUUCACCUUUUGAGACAUUUGCCAUUGCUCGUUUUUGGUUUCGUGGAUAACUUAUUUAGUAGUUAAUGCUUAGUCCUAUAGUAAGCUGAUUCCAAGUGCUUCGGCUGCUUCAGGCAGCACACUAAUUGCAUAGGCCAUUCGGUUUGUUCAAUAUUUUUUUUGGUUCUUUUAUACAAAAAUAUUUAAUAGCCACAGAUCACUGAUCACUGAUGUGGUAACUAGAAAGUUGCAAUUAAACAAAAACUUAUCGUGAAUAAACAUUUUUUAAAGGUUU